GGGGAGGACGUUAAUAAGUAAAAUUUUGUUUCUACUUUAUUAAGCUUAUCAUUUUCCUUAUAAUUAGAGUGCCUUUCAUUUUAAUUUAAUGUUAAUAAAAACAAACAACAUCUAUUCUAUCCUUGUGAUUUUAAGUGAUCAGUUUAAUUCGUGUUUUUUAAAUAGUAAUGUUGCGAAGAGUUAAUUUUUAUUCAAUAUGCAUUGCGUUUGGUCUCAGUGUUUUAUUAAUUCUCACUGGAAGUCGAUAUACAUAUAACACUAAUUACCGUCCAGCUUCUGAGAGUCUGAGAAAUGUAAAAAACUUCUUGAAAAUAGAAGACGUGGACGAAAAUUUAUUGCAUCCGAUCCCAACAAACCCCUACGAUGGGUCUCCUGACAUCGAAAAAAUAUUAGAUAAAACUAGACUUAAAAUUAAACAUGAAUUGAGGGCUUAUAAUUUUAGUAUAUCUGGUGUACAAAGGCUGGAAGACUUAGUUAUGGAGUCAGGAGGAAGACCUAUAAUAAGUUUGAUUGUAUCUACAUGGAGGUCUGGUUCAACAUUUACUGGAGAAGUUUUAAAUGCCGUGCCAGCAAAUUUCUAUCAUUAUGAACCGUUUUUAAGGUAUAAAGGUGACCAAGUAAGAGGUACAUCAGAGUCUGACAAGGCAUUGAAAACUAUUAAAAAAAUGUUUCAAUGUAACUAUGAUGAUAUGGAGGACUAUUUUGACUUUGGAAAAAAUGGUUGGAGUCAAUUCAGGCAUAACACAAGAUUAUGGGACCAUUGUAAAUAUAAGAAAGAACUGUGUAUCGAUGCUGACUUCACUUCUAGGGUCUGUAGGCUGUUUCCAUUUCAAAGUAUGAAACUAGUCCAUGUUAGGCUACGUCUUAUUAAACAACUUUUGGAAGAUAAAGAGUUUAAUUUGAAAAUUAUUUUAUUAAUCCGGGAUCCUCGAGGAGUGAUGCAGUCGAGGUUGCAUCAUGAAUUCUGCAAGGCGGCACCUGAUUGCUGGAAACCUGAACGGCUAUGUGCUGAUAUGAUUAGUGACUAUGUAGCUGCUGGACCUCUCCUACAAAAAUAUCCAGAUAAAUUUAUGGUUUUGCGGUUUGAAGAACUGGCUCUUAACACAAAUAGCACAUCAUAUGACCUACUAAAGUUCCUGCAUUUGGAUGUGACACAAUCUGUCAAUGAAUUUCUCUAUUCUCACACAAACGUCGAUUUGACCGGUGUGAGUGCUACGUUCAGAGUCUCCCGUGAUGUGCCUUAUAGAUGGAGGAAUAUUCUAGAUUUUAAUUUUGUUGAUGAAAUUCAGGGGUCGUGCAAGGAAGCGAUGUCUCUGUGGGGAUACCGCAUGGCGCACAAUGCAACGCACAUGACAAGCAAAGACUUUAACCCUCUAGAUCAAUAUUCUCUCACUCAGUGAGAAAUAUGUCGAGUGUACGGUUGUUAAUAAUUUUAUAAGAUGAUGCUGCAUUUUUUUCACAUCAACAAGUAUUUUUAAUCGUCAUUAAUAUAUUUUUUAAUCUAGUUUGUUACGAGGAUAUCAGAAUAUAAAGAAGUCUCCGUAGAAAGAAAUGUGACUGAAACAAUUUUGAUAUUUUAAUAAUUAUAGUUUUAUCUCAAUAGCGAAAAUUGAAACGUAAGUAGGUACAUUUUGGUGUAAAAUUUAAUUGUAAGUUUAUUUUUUGUGAUUCCUGUAUUUCCUUUCUUCGGUUUAAUUAUUAUUGUGAGAUUAGCUGGCUAAACACAAUGAGAAAAACUAAAUAUAUAAAAAGAUCACAUAAAUGAAAAUAAUCUGUCUGAAAAUAGUCAUCGUACAUAUAUAAUAUAGGAGGAAUUAUUUAAAAAUUAAAAUCAAAGGCAACUAAGAAGAGAUAUUAAUUAAUCUCCCUGUUUAGCCGGCUAAUCGAAAACUAAAUAUAACCUAAUGUUCUAGAAGGUACUAGAUGAUUUUCAAAUUAUAAUAUUAAAAAAAAAUUAUACUAAACAAAGAUUAUAGGUGUAGUGA